CAGGAUUGUAUGCAGAUAGUACAUGUGGGGGAUUAUUGUGUUGUACAAGCGGACUGAAUGUAUGGUCUUGUAAACUUGUUGAAAUAACAGUUUCUUAGACAGCUAUGGCAUUUAAGUCUUACCAAAAUCAGGCUAAAGUUCUGGUUAAAGACUACUUACUGGCAGAUCCUUUUAUUCCAUACACUUCCAUCCUUGGAGGCUUAUUUGCAUGCAAAAUGGUCUACGAUCUUAUUCAGCUGAUCAGUGCUUUUUCCUGUAAGAGCUAUACUAGCCUUACAAAAAUGCAACGGAUUGAAUGGAACAACCGUGGCAUCUCCAGUGUUCAUGCCAUUUUUAUUGCAAGUAUGUCUUUGUACUUUGUGUUCGGGUCAGAUCUUUUUUCUGACCAGCAUCUUGAUGGCCUUAUUACGUUCCGAAGCUCACCACUCUCAACUUUUACACUGGGGGUAUCUGUUGGGUACUUCCUUGCAGACCUUGGAAUGAUUUGUUGGCUGUAUCCUUCCUUGGGUGGAUUAGAGUAUAUCAUCCAUCACUCUCUCUCUGGAAUUGCUGUGGCAUAUGCCAUGUUUACUGGGGAGGGGCAGCUUUAUACCUUUAUGGUACUCAUCUCUGAGGUGACAACUCCAGAGAUCAACAUGAGAUGGUACCUCGAUAUGGCUGGCUUGAAGAGGUCCAACGCAUAUCUAAUCAAUGGUGUAGUCAUAUUUUUUGCUUGGCUGGUUGCUAGAAUUUUGCUGUUCAUUUACUUGUUUUACCAUGUUCACUUACACUAUGAUCAGGUCACUAAGAUGCACACAUUCGGUUUUCUCUUGGUAUUUUCUGUGCCGUCUGCGCUUGCUACCAUGAACUUGAUGUGGUUUGGAAAGAUUAUCAAAGGUUUGAGAAAGACUUUAGCAAAGAGGCAGUGAUCGCCAUUGCAGUAUAGUUUCUCCAAGCCUGUUGGUUUCAUUUCCCUUCAUACAUUUUCUUUACUUGUACAAAUUGGUUGAGGGGAAAAAGAAAUAGAGAUAGACAAACAAAGGCAAUCUGAUAUUAUUAGCUGAUGAAAAAUUGAAAAUGUUGUAUAUCUCAAAUGGUGCAUGCAGUUUGCUUACUAUUCUGUAUUCUGUAACCUAUGUGAAAAAUCCUUCGAAUCAAAAUGUGCUCCAAUGACUCGAUGCUUC